AUGCCCCAAGGCGGAAAAGAGAGGGGUGGUGCGCAAAGUAAGGGAGGAAGACGUCGUUUCGGUGGUGAAGAGCUUCGAAGUGCACGGCCUUCAGGUCUGCGGCAAACACGAACGUAUCGCUACUGUAUGCCCAACUUAGCGGGAUCCUUCGAGGCACCAGCACACAUGCACCUCUACACGUCGAGAGCAGAGUUCGAAGCAAUGAAUGCUAACGACACCUCCGGGCCUCGCCCGAGCACUACUAUGGGCUACAGUAAGCCUGUCAGUUAG